CGUGAUUCUAGAAGAGAUAUUGCAUCUCUGUUCCACAAUAGCCCAUCAUAAUCCAUAGUUGGGAAUAUUGUAAACAGAGAAUCGAACUAUUAGAUUUAGGAAGAAGAUAAGAAGACACAGGUGUUCUCACCAUAAAAAUAUCAAUCGUUUUCUUCCUCAGAAAAAGCGGAGCAACUCAUCCAGUUCCAAUGAGGGUAACCAGAUGUGACUCUUCUGCAAUUGCAUCCUUUGGUUUUCAGACUUUCUCUGCCCCAAGGUGGAAAAUUGAAGUCAUCAAAGUAAAAAUAGAAAAUUCAUCAGAGUCCAACAUUAAGAGAGCUUCAUUAUCUGCCAGGAAGAAGGAAAGAGUUAAGCUGCCCAAUUAUGAGAAUGGAGGUCGAGGCAAGAAGAUAUAUAAUAUCAGUGAAUUUCUAAGUCAGCAAUCUGGAGUUGAAGCGAUCUUGAACACACGUGCAUUGCAAAGUUUUCAAUCACUUGAUUCUAACACAUACAGGUGUACUCUCCCAAGAAUUCAACUUCUGAACUUUGAAGUGGCUCCCGUGCUGGACUUACGAGUGAUCACAACAACUGAAGAUUGCACAGUUGAAAUGUUGUCUUGCAAGUUUGAGGGUUCAGAAAUGGUUGAACGUCAGAAUAAUCAUUUUUCAGCAUUUAUGAGAAAUCACAUAACGUGGGAUACAAAUGAUUCCGAACCAUUUUUGGAUGUUGACGUGAAGUUGAAUCUCGCUCUUGAGAUUUACACAAUGCCAUUUAAAUUAAUGCCAGUAUCUGCCGUUGAGCGUCCUGGGAAUUUAAUGAUGCAAGCCCUAGUUGAUCGGCUUGUUCCAUUGCUUCUGCAACAAUUACUACAAUACUAUGAGAAAUGGGUUCGAGAACAAUGUGAAUACCUUCCGUGAUUUGGUCCCUGUUUUUGGUGCAAGGAAUUGCAGCCCAUCGGCCGACUAGUAGUCGUCCUGCUCAGAUCGAGAGUUUUAAGUUCCCUCUAACCUCCAAAAAAAGGAACUACCCUUUCUUCCCCAAUAGAGGAAAAUAAUAAUCUGCAAUUCAUAUUCUUUCAUGAUGUAGUAGUUUUAAAAAACCAUAAUAAUGCCCAUUGUAUUUAGAAAGGGCAUUCAUGUAAAGUUGUUAUGGUAAUCAUAGUUGUCAAAUGAUGUGCCUUAUUUGUCAAAAAUCGUACUUCUUCUUUCUUGUGGUAA